CGUGCAGGACAGGACGACGGUGUGCUUGAGGAAUGACGCGUUCCCUCCAGUCAGACGUGUUUGUCAGGUUCAUCUGCAGCUCGUCCAACCAGAGACGCCCCCGUCCAAUCAGAGCGUCUGAACCAGUCUCUGUCAGACCCUCACACAGGUGUGAGGAUGUUGCCGGUGUCGAUGCAGCCUCGGGCUCUGAUCAUGUCCUCUGAUGAAGCUGAUUGGGCGUCUGAAAUCUGUGACUGCUGCCACGACGCAAAACAGUGCUGUUGUCUGUUCUGGUGUUGUCCCUGCUUCGCCUGUAAGACCACCAAAGAGUUUGGUCAGUGUGUGUGUCUCCCCCUGCUGGACGUCUUCAGCUGCUUCCGUCCCAUCACCAUGUCCACGAGGACGUCUGUGCGCCAUCGCUACGGCAUCAGACCUGUGCAGAGACUGCUUGUGCGCCACCUUCUGUCCGGCCUGUGUCUGGAGUCAGAUCUCCACAGAGAUGAAGGACAAGAUGAUCCCCACCAUGCUGAGUGACAUCAUCCAGUACUGAUGAUGACGUCAUCGCAGUGACAUCACUGCUCUGCAACAGCCUCAUUGGCCGGUGGAGGAAACAGUCGCAGUGUAGAGUGUCUCUGCAGAACCACCGUGUCACAUGACACGAAGUCCUUCCCGGACACGCCCACUCAUACUGUGUCCGACUCAAGAACAUUUUGUUUUCUUCAUGUUCUUGUUAUUAUAUUUGUCAAAGCUGAUUCUUUUUAUACUUUAUGGUUUAUUUAAGUCUGUGUUUCGUUUGUAAAUAAUAAAAAUGUGACAUUGAUCGUUGAA